GUGUAAAACCUGCAUACAAAAAUAUGGCGGUGCUUGUGAUAAUAUAGUUAGCAUAAGCGUAAAAUAAGUGAAGAUUUUAUCAAUAUGACGCUGUGUUUGUUGAACUAAUGCUUGAGUGUGAUAGAAACGAUAUUCAGCUAUGGCCACUUGGACAGGCCUGCACAUCUGGGAUAAGUACAAACAACAAAAGAGAAAGUCAGCUGAGUCCACACGCACCACUCGCAAAGCAACAGCUGCAGCAGGUCCUGCUGUGCGCAGGAGGCAGCGCAGCAUCCUGACGCACUUGUGGGUUUCAGCUCGGAACCUUCACCUAUCCCCCACCCCGUUUCUUCUGCUUACAAGCACCUUGAUCUCGGGAUUGAAGGCGAGUAUCAAGAUGGCAGCAGCAUCGACAGAUUCGGGGCAGGAAUCCACCAAAAUAACUCCCGAAGUGCUGCAGGAGAUGCUCCAGUACUACAACCUGAGCCGCGAGGAGUUCAUCAACACUUACAACAUCCAGCCGCUCGUCUACAUCCCCGAGUUGCCGUACGGCGCCAAGAUCACGUUCGUGAUUCUCUACGUGGUCAUUUUCGUCCUGGCUCUGGCUGGAAAUAGUUUGGUCAUCUACAUAGUUGUGAAGAAACGGACAAUACAGACGGCGACAGAUAUUUUUAUUUGCUCUCUGGCAGUCAGCGACCUGCUGAUCACUUUCUUCUGCAUACCUUUCACUUUGCUGCAGAACAUCUCGUCCGAGUGGUUCGGGGGGGUUCUGGUUUGCAAGACAGUUCCCUUUGUGCAGACUACAGCCAUAGUGACAGGCAUACUGACAAUGACCUGCAUUGCAAUUGAGAGAUACCAGGGCAUCGUCUUCCCUCUGAAAAUGAGGAGGCAGUACUCGUCCAAGAGAGCCUAUAAAAUCUUAGGGCUUGUGUGGAUUACCUCAGUGAUGGUGGGUUCACCAAUGCUGUUUGUACAGCAGCUGGAGGUGAAGUAUGACUUCCUGUAUGAUCUUUACCACGUGUGCUGUCAGGAGAGCUGGCGCUCCCUGACUCACCGGCAGGCAUACACCACCUUCAUCAUGGUGGCUCUUUUCCUGCUUCCUUUGGCAGCCAUGCUGUUUCUCUAUACACGUAUUGGCAUUGAGCUGUGGAUCCGCAAGAGGGUGGGCGACUCCUCAGUCCUAAACACCAUGAACCACGGAGAGAUCAGUAAGAUCUCAAGGUGGGCUAUACAGCAGAGGAGAAAGAAAAGAGCUGUUAAGAUGAUGAUCACCAUUGUUCUGCUGUUCACCAUUUGCUGGGCACCGUUCCACACAGUCCACAUGCUCUUUGAGUACUAUGAUCUGGAGCAGAAACAUGAUGAAGUCACACUCAACAUGAUCAUCGCCAUUGUUCAGGCCAUCGGGUUCUUUAACAGCUUCAACAAUCCCAUUGUAUACGCCUUCAUGAAUGAGAACUUCAAAAAGAGUUGUCUCUCCACCCUCUCCUACUGCAUCAGAAAACCAAAUCAGCAUGGCGGCGCUGUUGCGGCGCCCAAACUGAGCGUGCAGUUUAUCAAACCCCAAAGUAGAGAAGCCUUCCUGGAAUCAGAUGAGGGCAAUAGCUCGAGACACCACGCAGCUGAGAAAGGCCCUUUGAGUUCAUCACAGGGAGAGAGCUCCCUGGAAAUAAUAGGAGAAAAGAUCUCCACCAUCCAAACAGGGCUCCCUGCAAGCUGCUCCUCUCAAGUCAAAUGAGAAAGAUGUGGCUCAAAGUGCAGGUAUUUAGUGUUGAACUCAACCCUCUUGUUUGCAUUAAACACUGGCAGCUGCAAGAGUGUCAGCAAACAUCUUAAAAACACAUUUCUCCACUGCCAGAAGUGGGAAUGUUUUCUCAAUCUGGUCAGGAGAACAGCUGGAAGGAAAUGAAGGAAUCCCAACCAAAAGAGGGCAGUUGUACUAUAAAUACAAAUACUGGAAGCAGUCAGGACCAGCAGUCAGACACUGAAACACCAGUAUAUUACCUGCAUCAAGAAAUCCUUUCUGUUGGAAUGACUGAAAUCCGCACGAGUGUUCAGCCCCUCUCCGAGAGUGUCUGAGGAAUCCUGAAGGGAGAACUGUCAUCACUGUGGUAUUAUGCUACAUUUGGAUCUGUUUGGAAAUGGCAGCAUGCCAUAGAGGACAUCUGACUUUGAAUAGCUGUGCUUUUAAAAGAGCAAAGGGUGGCCAAGGAUAAUGCUUCGACUUACAUUGCAGUUAAAUUUGCAUUAGUUAAAGUCAGCUAUGUGUAUUCAGGUAAAUUCAAUAGCAAACUGUGUUGCCAUUGAGACUCCUUUGAAAUCGGUUUGGGGUCGGAGUUCAUGUCUUCAUGAAAGGACUACAUGACAAUGUUUAGAACAGAGUUAAAGGAUAGGGCCAAACAUUUUCUAUAUUAAUGGUCUAUCCAUCCAUCCAUUAUCAUCCACUGAUUCCUUUUCCUGCAGCUAGUGAGUCUAGUAUUUUCUGCAAUCUUCAGCUUUAUUUACUUUCAGCUAGGUCCUCACGCCCAGGUCUGGUGUUCGCUAAUGAAGAAAUGUCUCCCAGUGUAGCAGUGUUUCACCAACACGUUUUUAAUCAUUUUCAAAAAACAAUAGAGGUCUAUGGCGCAGACAAAUGCAAUAAUCCAGGACUGUCAGACAUUAACCGUGAGUAGAGGCAAUUCAUUGUUGGUUUUAGUCUCUGUAUGGAGAUUGCUGAAAAUACCAUUGAUAUAGAAAAUGACCAGCGUUAUCCUUUAAAUAUACUCUCCAUACAACUGUUCAGUUCAGCCUUACUUACACAUCAAUUACUGUUUUGAUUUUAUGACUAACAUCUGGUUCAUUUCCUAGAGUAUGUGCAGUGAACUAGUGAAGCUUUUUGAUGUUAGAUAUGAGAUCCAUUUUAAGUUACCCUGACUGGUGUAGCAGUUUAAUCAUGGCAAAAUAAAUCACAGCAUUUUUUAUUGUACCACUGUAGUAAAAAUAAAACAGCCAAGUAAGAAAAAGCAGAAAUCAGAUGUGUAACAUGGCCUCUCAUACACAUGGUUAAUAUGUUUGCUUAAUGGUGCUGUGGACUAUUUUGCAAUGUUAAACAUGACUGAGGUGAAUAUGGUUUUUGGUGUAUAGUAACACAUUCUGUAAUAUGUUCAGCAAUGGCAGCUUUGCUUUUAUUCACAGUUCUGUGCAGAUUUUUAGGAUGUUGCACCAAAAAGCUAAUUAAUUUAAAAUUGUGUUUUGUUUGUUUUUUCUUUAAUAGAGAGCAUUAGAUGCCAGUAGGCUCUACUUUUUUUUAUGUCACCCAGGUACUGUCCUUUGGCAGCUGGGUCAAUAGCAUUUCUUAAAGAUUGUGCUCUUUCUCGCAUCAAAU